AUAGCCGGCAGUAUAACUGUGGCUCCUGAGGGACAGGGGAAGCGUCAGUACAAUCACUGCCCUCCUACGUACACAUCAGGGACCAGCAGCACAGCCAAAGACAAGCAGACAUGAAUGCAAAACUGGUACUAGCCCUUAUCGUGGCACUUCAGGUGUCCACAUGCCUGUGCGACAUGCCCGUGCCCGACAAGGAGCUGGUGGACAAGUAUGAGGAGUACAAGGCCACCUUCUACAAGCGGCUGCUGAACGCCUACAAGAGGAUGCAGGGCGCCGUGGUGCCCAUGGCCGAGGGCAUGGAGCAGGGCGCCAUCGUCAAGGAGUACAUGGAGCAGCUGCAGGCCGACCCCAAGAUGCAGAGCGCAGUCAAGGUCAUCACCGGUGUUGCCGGAGAGCUGGGCCCCGUGGUCGACAAGGCUCGCUCCGCUGCCCUGGGCCUGUACGGUGAAUACCUCCGCCCCUACAUCGGCCAGUCCCUGGACCAGGCCAUCCAGAACCUCAAGCCCAUGCUGGACGCUGUCAUGCCCGCCGACGAGUAGAAACCCCACACUGUCCCUACCAACCUUUUGAAACACCCUAACCACCCCAACACCUACCUACCUACCCACCCAACCUCUCUUCCUCUUUUUUUUUCUUAAAAGUCAAUAGACGCACUAAUUCUAUACAAUGUAUACGCAAUAGAGAGAAUUUAAUAUACCUACACUGGCGCUACCACCACCACCACCACGAAAGGACAAUAAUUGAAAAUCAAAGCAACCAAGAUACUGUGUGUGUGUGUGUGUGUGUGCUAACUGUCUGAUUGCCUAAUCACCAAAUCGCUAAUGGGCAUGUUUGUUGUCUCUAGUCAGGGCAUUUACAAAAAAAAGCAAAGAAACCAAUAUAGUGUUACAACAGCUGUGUGCAUGUACAUAAAUGUGGUAUGUGAUAAACGUGGGGAUGAACGAAGGAGGGUGUCAACAGGAGUCACUGUGUGUGUUGUUUGUCCUGUGAGUGAAUAAACUGAACUCAAACAA